AGAUUAGGCACUAUAGUGGGCACCGGGACCCUCGAUGAGCAUGGCAGACAUGCACUGUUCCUGCCAGCCCUUGGGGAGCCACUUCCCUUUUCUCCCCUACUUUUGGAGGACAUUCACCCAGGGCCUUUCUCAUCUCUCCACAGUAUUGUACCUGGAAGGCUCGGUUCUUGUGUUUGAGGACAUCUUCAGACUGAUUGCGUUCUACUGUGUCAGUAGAGAUUUACUGCCCUUCACACUGCGGCUGCCCCAGGCCAUUCUCGAGACCAACAGCUUCGCAGACCUGGAGACCAUCUCCAACCUGGGCCUGGGCUUCUGGGACUCCUCGCUGAACCCCCCACGAGUCUCAGCUGAGCCCACCCGAGACCCGGCCCCCGGGACCCCAGCUGCCUCCAGCCUCAGGUCCACCUCCCAUCAUGCAAACUGUUCCUGUGAAAUUGAGCUGUCCAUAGGAAAUGACCGCCUGUGGUUUGUGAAUCCCAUAUUCAUUGAAGACUGCACCCUGCCUGCCAACCCACCACCUCCUAGCAGCUGCCCCUCAAGCCCUAUGCCUGCCAUCUGCCCUGAGCCUGCCACCUCAGACGCUACCUCACCCACUUCCAGGUGGGCCCCACGCCGCCCGCCACCCCCACCCCCGGUGGCACCCCCACCCCCAGUGCCCUCUAUACCUCCUUCCGGCCCGGCCUGGCCUCCUGCCCUCCCUGCAUCUGCUUGUCCUUUGCCCAGUUCCUCACCAGCAUCUGCAGCCCCCCUCGCACCCCAUGCCCCAGACCCCCCAGACCACCCAAACCAGUCACCCAUGACAACCUGCGAGGGACUCCCACAUCCUGCAGCAGGCCUGGGCCCUCUUAAGGAGAAAGAGAUGAAGCCAGAGACAGCCUCUAGCCCCAUGCAGCCAGCCUCUGCCCCUCCACUGCCCAUGAAGAAGAACCUUCCUGCUGCUCCUCCCAGAAGGCGCAUCUCUGAGAGGCUGUCCCUGGAAGACCAAAGUACAGGGACAGUGGCAGAGGGUGACCAGCUGGGCCUUUCCAGGACAACCUCACUUAGCCUGCUUCCCCAAGGGACCUUGGGCAGCCCUGGGGACAGACCUCAGAGGACCACAAAGCAAGGCCAAGAAGCAGAGGCCAAAACCAGUGAUCUGGGCAGCAUGCCAGAGCCUCCCAGGAACACCAGACAACCCCCAGUCCCACCCCCCAGGAAGAAACGGAUCUCUCGGCAGCCAGCCCCCGCCCUCCCAAGUCCCUUGGAGAGCCCUGAGCAGCCCACGCAGGAGGUGGCCUCUGAGAAAGCCACGCCUGGUGCUCCCAAAGAAGGCCCGAGUCCUGCUCCCCAGACUGGGACACAGCGCCUCCAUGCCCAGGCCAGCGCCUGUCCCCAGAGCUCUCCGGAGUUCAAGGGCUCCCUGGCCUCACUCUCGGACAGCCUGGGGGUGCCCUCCUCCGUCACUGACCAGGACUCCUACUCAACCAGCAGUGCAGAGGAAGAGCUGGAUUUCAGCAGCCCCAGCGUGAAGAAGAAGCCCUCCAUGAUCCUGGACAAGGCACGCCACCGCCUCAGCUUCGUCAGCUUUGCCAGCGUCUUCCAUGCCUUCCUCUCCAAUGACCGCAAGCUGUACAAAAAGGUGGUGGAGCUGGCACAGGACAAGGGCUCGUAUUUUGGCAGCCUGGUGCAGGACUACAAGGUGUACAGCCUGGAGAUGAUGGCACGCCAAACAUCCAGUACAGAGAUGCUACAGGAGAUCCGAACCAUGAUGACGCAGCUCAAGAGUUACCUGCUGCAGAGCACCGAGCUCAAGGCCCUGGUGGACCCCGCCCUGCACUCAGAUGAACAACUUGAGGCCAUCGUGGAGUCAGCCUUGUAUAAGUGCGUCCUGAAGCCCCUGCAGGGGGCCAUCAAUGCCAGCCUACUUGAGAUCCACAGCACGGAUGGCUCGCUGCAACAGCUGAAGGGGAACCAGCUGGUGGUCCUGGCCACCACCACCACUGACCUGGGCGUGACCACCAGCGUGCCCGAGACACCCAUCAUGGAGAAGAUCCUGCAGAAGCUCACCAGCAUGCACAAGGCCUACUCACCUGAGAAGAAGAUCUCCACCCUGCUCAAGACAUGCAAACUCAUCUAUGACUCCAUGGCCCUCGGCAGUCCAGGGAAGCCCUACGGGGCCGAUGACUUCCUGCCUGUGCUCAUGUACGUGCUGGCGCGCAGCAACCUCACAGAGAUGCUUCUGGACGUGGAGUACAUGAUGGAGCUCAUGGACCCUGCUCUGCAGCUGGGAGAGGGUUCCUACUACCUGACCACCACCUACGGGGCCCUGGAGCACAUCAAGAACUAUGACAAGAUCACGGUGACCCGGCAGUUGAGUGUGGAGGUGCAAGACUCCAUCCACCGCUGGGAGCGCCGGCGCACGCUCAACAAGGCCCGGGCCUCCCGCUCCUCCGUGCAGGACUUCAUCUGCGUGUCCUACCUGGAGCCGGAUCAGCAGGCGCGGACGCUGGCGUCGCGGGCGGACACGGCGGCCCAGGCGCUGUGCGCACAGUGCGCGGAGAAGUUCGAGGUGGCGCAGCCCAAGGAGCACCGGCUCUUCGUGCUGGUGGACGGCCGCUGCUUCCAGCUGGCGGACGACGCGCUGCCCCACAGCAUCAAGGGCUACUUGCUGCGGAGCGAGCCCAAGCGUGACUUCCACUUCGUGUACCGGCCCCUGGAUGGCGGCGGGGGCAGCGCCAGCCCUCCCUGCCUCGUCGUGCGGGAGCCCAACUUCCUGUGAAACCGCGGCCCUGCCCUGGCAGUGUUUCCUGGAGCAGCAGGACAGAGGGUUGGGGACUGGACUGGCUGUCACUUGCUCACCCCUGUGUUCAUACUCAGCCACACCCACUCAUUCAUGUGUGUGCCACCACAUCGGACACCACUCACCUACUACCAACAGGACACCCAUGUCACACGUGAGUGCCACCCACCAGCAUGACUAACCCAAGUGGCAGAAUAAUUGCAAAAUAACAAAAAGCAGUGGCCAGGGGUGCUUCUUGAGGCAGAGUCAUAGCACUGAGCGGCCAUGAGGCCAUGAUCGUCAUUAAGGAAGGGAAGUAGACCCCAAGAGGGAAGAGGCUGUCCAGCCAGCUAUAACAAACCAACCCACCCCUGUUCACACAGCACCCUCUGCCACCUCCUCCCCAUCCUUGGUCUUUCUAGAGAAACACCUGAGCUCAGUUUUCUCAGGAUUGACUGAGGAAGGGGGGCCAACUGGCCACAGCUGCUCCCUGUGCCCCUCAGGAUGGAACCAGGACCUGCCCAGCAUCUAGGCUAUAUGAUGAAGACACAGGCUCCCACCCCUGCCCAGAGCCUGCCCUCAGCCACCAGUGCCCACCGUUCCCCACGGCCCCUGAACCCCCGGAAGCAGCCAGACACACAGUGGGACUGCCACACCAAGCCCCAGGGGACAAGCCCAGCCUUUGCCACAGGAAAACUGACAGGGUUUCCAUAAUUGUUUUAAGGUGCACUGUGGUGGGGGGUGUAAUUAAAGCCCUUUGGAAAAAGGUGUUUCCUUCUCUAACUGGGUUGGAGCUCUGCUUGCUAGCCUAGGACCCAUCCACAGGAGGGUUCAGCCACCCAGAGCCCUCAGGGCCCUUGUCCUGGCUGUCCUUCAACCUUGGUCAUCUUUUCAUCUGCACCAUCCUUGGUUCCCUUGUUCCCAGCUUGGGUCAUUUCUCUCCCAGGAAUCCCAUUCCCUGUGAUCUUCAC